AUGGCAGCAAGCGGAAGCAGCGCCAAGGACGGCGGGGUGAGUGAAUCGACGCAAAGAAGUGGUGCGGGGAAGGAUGGGGCAGGGGAGGAAGGGAACAAAACCAAGGAGCCCAGGCAGUUUGUGAUUGAAUCCCAGCCUCCAGUGGACAAGAGGAGAUGUCCCACUUGUUUUGUUGUGUUUUCCAAUCAGUCGAAUGCAAAAAGGCACGCGAAGAACUGCACGGGGCCAACGUUGAAGAAAUGUGGGCGACCAGUAGGAUUCAAGCCCUCGGCGGACACAAAGCAAAGCAAGAAAUGGAAAUGCGAUUGCUGUGGGAAGGAGUACGUGCGCUGGUACUUGAAGAAGCAUAUGGAAGAAUCGUGCCCAAACCCCAAUGCUCAGUUCGAGCUGCAGAGGAUGAUGGCGAUCGUAGCCGACGCGGAGGAGGAGGCGCGUAUGGUGAGCUUGGAGUGCGAGCGACUCAUCAAACAAGCUCAUGAGGAAGCUGCUCGAAUCUUGGGCGAGGUUCCAAGCGAAUCUAACGAUGAGAGGACGAGAAACACUGACGUUGGAUCGACCAACGAUGUCCAUCAGGAAGACUUGUCAGAGGAGGAGGGGUGA